AUGACGUCGGCAUUGUCAACUCGUCUUCAGCCGUAUCCACUGCACACCAUGAAGAUCAUCGUAACAGGGGCAUCGGGGGUUCUAGGAAGUGCUGUUUAUGAUGCUUUUACUAACGCACUAGAGGAACACGAUGUCUUUGGUCUUGCCAACACUCGUGCAGGUGGCAAGCUGCGAUCGCUUGAUCUACUUGAUCACAGCAAGGUUGAGGAUUUCGUACGAGAUGUAAGGCCCCACUGGAUCAUACACUGUGCCGCAGAGCGCAAGCCAGAUGUCGCAGAAAAGGAUCCAGAGGGAACGCGCAAACUCAACGUUGCCGUUCCAGGGCACCUUGCUCAGCUAUCGAAGGAACUCGGAUUCACCCUCAUCUACAUCUCUACUGACUAUGUAUUCGAUGGAUCGUCCCCACCAUACGUGCCUUCCGCACGUACAAACCCUCUUCAGCUCUACGGCACAUCCAAACGCGAUGGCGAGCUGGCUGUCCUUGGAAUUGAAGGAGCGCACGCGGUCAUUCUCCGUGUGCCUGUUCUAUACGGGCCGACACCAUCAAACACGGACUCCGCGGUUAAUAUUUUACUUGACGUGAUUCAGGAUCAGUCCGGCAAGAUCUACAAGAUGGAUCACUACCAGACUCGCUACCCCACCAACGUCAUCGAUAUAGCCAACUUCCUCGUGCGACUGACCGCCCUGCCGCGCUCGAAACCUAUUCCUCCAAUCCUGCAUUACUCUGCGCCCGAACCGUUCACGAAGUACGAAAUCUGCCUCAUCUUUGCGCGUAUCCUCCACCUUCCGCAUAAGCACAUCGUACCCGAGUCCGAACCACCCGCAGCCACUUUAAUCGUCGGUAUCAUCAUAUUAGGAGCGACGCCGCGUCCACGAGACACACAGCUAUACGUACGAGAAACAGAGGAAAUUGGAGUUGAAGGAGGCCUCGCAACGACUGGGUUCGAGGAAUGGUGGGAACAAUACCUCGAGAAGAAAUAG